AAAAAAAAAAAAAAAAAAAAAAAAAUUAAAAUAAUGAUAAUAAUGAUUAUGUGAUUGUCAAAUUAAAGUCAAUGUUGUGAGUUUAAGGGAAAUUUUGUCGGCUUACAUAAUUUAAUACGUGUGUGGAAGCAGUGAAAGGUCGAGAGCGUGGAAAAGUAGAGCUACGCUGGCGUUGAAUCAUGGCUCGGGGCAACAAUCUGAAGUUCGAGAGUUUGCGAGAGCACAAUAGCAACAGACCAUGCCUAUCGAGGAAGCGGCUAAUGAUAGGAGGCUUCGUGCUGGCGGGCAUGCUGCUCGUGGUAGUGCUGGCCAGUGCGCUGUACAUCAGCGGCAGCAACGAUUCUGGGAUCAAGAAAUCUGAUGCCAUUGAGGACGAGAAGCUGGUGCCGCCUGACCCCGAGCAGCAGCCACCGGCAUCCUGGAGCAAACUCAAGGCGUUCAAACGGGGCGCCGUUUGCGCCGAUGGUGCGCCUUGCGCGGGUAUUGGCAGAGGAAUACUCGAACGAAACGGAUCAGCCGUCGAUGCAGCUAUCGCUUCUCUCAUUUGCAAUGGCCUAGUUAACAUGCAAAGUAUGGGCUUUGGCGGAGGAUUUUUAAUGACCAUCUACGAAAAAAAAACAAAUCGAGCUUAUGUUCUGAAUGCAAGAGAUGUUGCACCAGCCGCAGCACAUGCAUACAUGUUCAAUAACACUGCGGAGUACUCCUCGCGUGUCGGUGGAUUGGCAAUGACAGUACCCGGCGAGAUAGCAGGUUACUGGGAAGCUCACAAGAGAUUCGGAAAACUUCCGUGGGCUGAGUUAUUUUAUCCGAGUAUAGAGCUGUGCGAAAAUGGUUACAACUUGACGAAAAUUCAAUACGAGGGUCUACAUCACAAUGCGACCAACAUUCUUUUGGAUCCAACUUUGAGAAAAAUUUUCGUUGAUCCGGAAACCGGCACAUUUCGCAAAAUAGGAUCGCACAUUCGGCCAAAAGCAUUAUGUCAGACUAUGAGGGUACUGGCCGAGGAAAAUGCAGCAGUAUUUUACAAUGGCAGCUUGGGCCAAAAACUCGUCGAAGACAUUCAGAAACGGGGCAGUAUCAUCACGAUGAAAGAUUUGAACAAUUACAAAGCCAAAUGGGAGGAGCCAGUAACCACGGAGCUCAAAGACAAAACCAAAGUUUACACAGUGGGUGCUCCAGGCAGCGGUUACUUGCUGUCAUUUGCACUGAACGUUUUAGACGAGUUCAAUUUCACGCCAAAAGACAUCAACAGCACCAAAGCCACAGUUAAAACGUACCACAGGAUCAUAGAGACUUACAAAUACGCCUACGCUUUUAGAACACUACUCGGCGAUGUCAAGCUGCCCGCGCUAUUCAAAAAUAUAACGACGAAAGACUUUGCACGCUCGAUAAAAACCAAGAUCCGAGACAAUGGCACGUGGAAUGAUCCAGCCCAUUACGGGGCCGAGAAGGUGGGCCGCGAGGACCACGGCACUGCCCACAUUGCGGUGAUCAGCGAGGCUGGCGACGCGGUGUCCGUCACCAGCAGUAUUAACAUUUAUUUUGGCAGUGGUGUUAUGAGCGAACAAACGGGCAUACUGAUGAACAGUGCCAUGGACGAUUUUGGUCUGCCCGACCGACUGAGUUACUUCGGCCUGCCGGCUAGCGAGAAUAACCUCAUUGCUCCGGGCAAGAGACCGCAGUCGUCGAUGAGCCCGACAAUUUUGGUUGAUUCCAACGGUGACGUCAAAAUGGCCAUAGGAGCUGCCGGUGGUACUAAGAUCACCACGUCCAUUGCUUACGUACUAGCCCGAUACUUGUGGCUGGGCAACACCUUGAAGGAGGCGGUCGACGCGCCCCGCGUCCAUCACCAGCUUUUCCCGAUGGAAGUGGCUUACGAGUUCGGUGUGCCAAAGGACGUUGUUCGCGGGCUGCGAGCCCUCGGUCACAAGACCGCGAGGUACAGGGACCGUGGCAGCGUGAUUUGCGCCCUGGCCAAAAGCAACGGCACCAUUUACGCGAACGCGGACCAUCGCAAGGGAGGCGAUGUCUUUGGGAUCUGAGUUGGAGGAAGCAGUGAUUCAAAGAGAGUUGCCAAACCAGAGAUAAUUACGAUUAUCAAAGGCAAUAGUAGUUUGGGAAAUUUUUGUGAAUUUUUUUCAUCCGUAAAAUUACGAUGUCCUUCCAUGUACUUCGAGCGGAUGUCGUGGUCCAAACUACCUGGUGAUACGGUACAAUAUAUCUGGUGGACGUUCGAAAACAACAAGAACAUGCGGUUGUUUGGUCGAAAAUCAAAAGCAGACAAAAUAAGGUUUUUCUGCUGCUAGUGAUGUACUUACAUAGGUAAUUUGUGCUAACUGAGUGAUAUCGAUGAAUCAAGGGCAAUAAAAUUGAAUGAAAACGCAUAUCAUGGUGUCGAAUCGACACGAAUCCGUACGUGAACAAUUAAAAUCGCAAUACAACGAAGUGUCAAACUUCAAAUAGAUAUAUAUUCUUAGAGAUACCAUAAAAACUAUUUGUAAAUAUUUAAUUCUAGAGA